AUGGAUCCAUUCGGCCGACUUCCUUGGUUCGUCCUACAAAAUAUUCUUUCGAAUCUCGCAGAUUUGCCCUCGCUGUAUACAUUGCAUAAUGCAUCUCCGGUUGUCGCGGCAUUGCUCCACGAGAAUACCGAUCUGUUCGCCGUGAUUGUGGAUGCGAUUAUCGGAAACCCUGCUCGCGAAAGGGGCCUGCUCCCACAUGUUCAGCAUGCAGUCAGGCUCUUGGUCCUUGUCUGGACCCGAGCCUCGGGUUUACAGGGCCGGCAGGCGAAUGACGAAGCUGCAGAGCCACUGGAGGCGUCAUACACACACAUUCUAAGCACCCUACGAUAUGUUAGGGAGCGGUUCCUCCAGGGACCGUCUCCGAUAGGUCGACGUCGUCGGUCAUUCUUUGCCGACUCCUUGUCCUAA